CUCGGUGCUGAUCUCCCUGCUGGUGCUGGGAAGCAGGUUCGGGGACUGGCAUCUGCGGGCGCGGAGCCGGAGCCCCGGCCUGCCGGGAAUGGAUGCGCUCGGCUUCCUCCGGCGCCACCGCCUCGCGCCGUGGCUCAGGGGGCCAGCAGGCAGCAGCAGGCAGAGGCUGGCCGAGCCCGGGGCGCAGGGUGCCUACGUUAGGGCAGCCGCUCCUCCAGCUCCUUCUCCUCCUUCUCCGUAGCAGCAGCGGCAGGAACAGCAGCAGCAGGAGUAGCAGCGUCGUCCUUGAAGCCGCCAGUUACAGCCUUCCCGGGCCCGGCGCGGCCGCCGCGGAUGUGGCCCCUCGGCGCCCCCGGGCCUCUGCACAAAGAAGCCUUCGCAGUUGCAGGAGACCGAACUGUCGGAGGCUCCCACGGCUGUCCAGCCCUCUUCCCGGCUGCAGCAUGGAGAAGCCACUCGGUGCCGGCUUGGAGGGGGGCCCCGGCGCCCGGGCGCAGCUCGCUGUGGUCUGCUUGGUGAAUCUCUUCUUAACUGGGAGGCUCAGCAGUGCAGUUCCUUCCUUAGCUGCCUGCAGUGGGAAGCUGGAACAGCACACAGAGCGGCGUGGAGUCAUCUACAGUCCAUCCUGGCCCCUCAACUAUCCCCCAGGAACCAACUGCAGCUGGUACAUUCAAGGGGACCAUGGGGACAUGAUCACUAUCAGUUUCAGAAACUUUGAUGUGGAAGAAUCCCACCAGUGCACCACAGACUGGCUCAUGCUGGGUCCAUCAUCUCGCCGGGAAGACUACCGGAUUUGUGGUUCGGCCAUCCCCCCUGCCUUCAUCUCAGCCCGAGACCAUGUUUGGAUCUUUUUCCACUCGGAUGCGUCCAGCUCAGGCCAGGCCCAGGGCUUCCGUCUGUCCUACAUCAGAGGAAAGCUGGGCCAGGCAGCUUGCCAGCCCGAUGAAUUUCUCUGUGGCAAUGGCAAAUGCCUCCCGGGCCCCUGGCACUGCAACGCCAUGGACGAGUGUGGGGACGGGUCAGACGAGAAGAACUGCUCCAGCCUGCCCACGGAGAUCCCCCCCAGCCUGUGCCCUCCUGGCACAUUCCCCUGCAGCGGCGCCCGCUCCACGCGGUGCCUGCCCACCGAGCGGCGCUGUGACGGGACUCAGGACUGCGGCGACAAUUCAGACGAAGCCUACUGCCCCGACCUCUCGUGCGGCAGGCGACUGGGAAACUUCUACGGGUCGUUCGCCUCUCCCGACCUCUUUGGGGCCGACCGCGGCUCCGAUGACCUGCAGUGCACGUGGCUGGUGGACACCCAGGAUGCCCGGCGCGUGCUCUUGCAGCUGGAGCUGCAGCUGGGCUACGACGACUACGUGCAGGUCUACGACGGCCUGGGGGAGCGCGCGGACCGCCUGCUGCAGACCCUCUCCUACCGCAGCAACCACCGCCUGGUCAGCGUGGAGGCCUCGGAGGGCCAGCUGACGGUGACUUACCACGCCCGGGCCCACAGCGUCGGCCACGGCUUCAACGCCACCUACCAGGUCAAGGGCUACUGCCUGCCCUGGGAGCAGCCGUGCGGCAGCGACGAGGGCUGCUUCUCCGAGAUGCAGCGCUGCGACGGCUGGUGGCACUGUCCGGGCGGCAAGGAUGAGGAGGGCUGCCCGGCCUGCCAGCAGGACGAGUACCCCUGCGAGGGCGGCAGCGGGCUGUGCUACGCGCCCCCCGACCGCUGCAACAACCAGAAGAACUGCCCCGACGGCUCUGACGAGAAGAACUGCUUCUCCUGCCAGCCGGGGACCUUCCACUGUGGCACCAACCUGUGUGUCUUUGAGACGUGGCGCUGCGACGGCCAGGAGGACUGCCAGGAUGGCAGCGACGAGCGGGACUGCUUGGCGGCCGUGCCCCGCAAGGUCAUCACUGCCGCCCUCAUCGGCAGCCUGGUCUGCGGGCUGCUCCUCGUCAUCGCUCUCGGCUGCGCCUUCAAGCUCUACUCCCUCCGCACGCAGGAGUACAGGGCAUUUGAGACCCAAAUGACUCGACUAGAAGCUGAAUUUGUUCGGCGAGAAGCCCCUCCAUCCUAUGGCCAACUCAUUGCCCAGGGCCUCAUCCCCCCUGUGGAGGACUUCCCUGUCUACAAUGCAUCCCAGGCAUCAGUGCUGCAGAACAUCAGGACGGCCAUGAGACGCCAGAUGCGGCGCCAUACUUCUCGCAGGAGCGCCUCCCGCCGCCGCCUGGGCCGCAUCUGGAACAGACUGUUCCACCGCCCCCGGGCGCGAGGGCAGAUCCCCCUGCUGACUCCGUCACGUGCCUCACAGACUGUGCUGGGGGAUGGGAUCAUUCGCCGGGCCGGGGGGGCCUCCUCCAGCCCCCCUGCCUCCUCCACAGGGCCUCCCCCCGUGCCCUCCGAGACUGUGGGUCAGGUUGUGGGGGAGGGGCCGCCAGAUGCUUCCAGCUGUGCCCUGGUAACUGAAACAGAACCUGCGGGGCCCCCCGCCCCAGGCACCGCAGCCCCCCCCUGUGCAGCACACGGCCUAGAGCCCCGGCACUUGAACAAGGAGCUCAGGGCCACUGGCCAGGCGGAGCCGAGGAAGGCCUUCAGAGACCCCUUGUCAGAAAGCGUGGCCGAGAGGCUCCAGCCCCAGGGGGACCCCCUGGGCAGCAGCCCUCCCCCGCGGGGCGAGGGCCCGGCCCGGCUGUCCCUCAGGAAGUGGGAGCCGGUGUCUGCGGGCAGCUCCCUGUGUCCGGCCCAGACGUGCCAGGAGGAGCCCCUGGGGAUCCACGGGCCGGCUUCACCCCACUCCCUGCUCUCUGAUGCCAGUGAUGACGAGUCCCUCCUGGUGUGCUGACGGGCCCCGGAGGGCAGGAAGCGUCUCGUCCGACACGUUGGGCCUCCUUCAGUGACCAUGCCCAGGGAGAGGCGACAGGACUGACACGGGUGGAUGGGGCCCCUGGUGGGCAUGUCAGCUGACACCACCCGGCCUGGGAGAACACUCCUGCCCUUCACCGCUCUCCCAGUCCUCCUUGUCCAUGUUUUACAAUCAGGGAAUACAAGAUGAUUUUUACCCUU